UCGUUUAAUCUUUACUCCAUUAGCGAAAUUAAUCAGUUGUAAGUUCAGACAUGCAAGCAUGAAAAAAGUGCCGGCAUUUUUCUAUUGAUUUGAUGCGAAUAAUGAUACUGAUAGAAACAAUCAAUUUGAAAUUCAAUAGUUUUCAAUUGUGCAUCUUAUUUUUUUCUUGAGUGUGGUGUAUUAAAUUAACAAGAUGUAUGUUUUAUUAUGUGUUGUUAUUGUUCUUAUCAUAAGAGCCUGUUAUAAUAUUUCAUGUGCAAUGAGAAAACAACGGCGUAUAGAGAAAAUUGUUAUGAAAAACUUUCCGGGACCAGAACUGAAGUUUUUCUUUGGAAAUGCACUGGAUUUUGUAGGGAAUAAAGGCAUAUUAGAAGUCCUCUUGGAUUACAAGUCAAAAUUCGGAGACAUUGUUUAUACUCGUGUGGGACCCACAGCCAACGCCCUGAUAAUCUCCGAUUCACAUUUUAUGUGCGCCAUUCUUCAACCUCGCAGAAACCUGACCAAAGGACAUGUUUAUACGUUCACUGAAAAUUGGCUUGGAGAUGGGCUUUUGACAGCACCAGCUGAACUGUGGGAAAAAAAGCGAAAAUUGUUGACUCCAGCUUUUGAUUUUCAUCAAUUAAUGGAUUUCAUCAGCGUGUUCGAUAAGCAAUGCGAUAUACUUAUAGAGAAGCUGAUUGAUCAGGCACCUGUAGACUCCAUUAACAUCCACAGUCUCAUCAGUUUAUGUUCUCUGGAUAUUAUAUGUGAAACAGCCAUGGGUGUUAGCAUCGGAGCUCAGCGUAACCAAAAUAUGGAGUAUGUGGGAGCUGUCAGAGAAAUGUGCCGAAUUAUAGCAGAUCGAAGCCGUUCCGUAUUCAAAUCAAUGAAACCUUUUUACGUAUUAACCGAGGACUACCUCAGUGAAAAGAAAUGUGUGGAAAUCCUUCACCGCUAUACAGAUAGGGUUAUCGAACAAAAACGUACAGAACGUAAGAACAAAAAACCGGUAGUGAAGAAAAGACAAAUGAUAAAUAAGCGACACAUAUCAAAUCUCUUGGAAAUCCUUUUGGAUUACUCUGAUAAGGAAAAAGGUUUAUCCGAGAAAGAAAUAAAAGACGAAGUCCAUACAUUUAUGUUUGCAGGUCAUGAUACUGUGACAGCCGCUGUGAGUUUUUUCAUUUACGAAAUCGCCAAACAUGUGAAUGUACAGGACGAACUUUACAAUGAGCAACAAAGAAUUUUUGGUGAAAGUGAGGUCAAUAAAGCUAUGCAGGAAGAGCACAUAUUCCAAAUGAAACUAUUAGAUCUGGCCAUAAAGGAAUCAUUGCGGCUUUAUCCACCCGUACCGGUUUUUACAAGGAAAGUGACGAAUGAAUUCAGAUAUGAUGGCAAACUUAUUCCGGAAGGAAUUAAUCUUACACUUUUCAUAUAUGGAAUGCAUAGAAAUAGUAAAUAUUACGAAGAGCCAAAUACCUUCAAAUUUAGGAGGUUCGCAAACGGAUUAAUGCUACCACCAGGUGGAUUUGUACCAUUUUUACCAUUCAGUAAUGGAUCCCGAAACUGCAUUGGUCAGAAAUUUGCCUUGUGGGAAAUGAAAGUCAUGCUCUCCAAACUUAUAAGGCAAUUUGAGUUUAGGCCAGCCGAACCAGAGCAUAUACUCGACUUAAGAGCUGAAGUAGUCCUAACUUCGAAAAAUGGCAUCAACGUGAAAGUAAUAAGGAGACAAAAAUGAUACAAUAUAGCUUAUAUUGUAUUUAUAUCGUUAUUGUCCCGAACAUCCUUUUACGUUAUAUUUAUUGAUAUUUUUUCGGACGCAUUCGAAUUGUAUUCGAAAAACACGGUGAUUGUAUACUAUUUGAUUAAAAAUUAAUGAGAUGUUUUUAGAAAA